AUAAGCCAGGUUUCCGGUUCGGCUCAGUUGCUGGUAGUUCCUCCAGUCUAGGUCGGUGAGGAGUGGAGACAGCCAGGGACCGAGCUGAAAUGUCGGACAGCGGGAGUCAGGAAGCCCCGAAGACACGGAUACCCAGGCCGACGGUUGGCAACAAAGUGACCGUGGUACUCGGCGCUCAGUGGGGCGAUGAGGGGAAGGGGAAAGUUGUGGAUCUGCUGGCACAGGACGCGGACAUGGUGUGCAGAUGCCAGGGCGGCAACAACGCAGGACACACAGUGGUGGUCGACUCAGUCGAGUACGACUUUCACCUCCUACCCAGCGGCAUCAUCAACCCCAAGGUCACCGCUUUCAUUGGCAAUGGUGUGGUGAUCCAUCUUCCAGGCCUGUUCGAAGAAGCAGAAAAAAAUGAACGCAAAGGAAAAAGUCUAAAAGGCUGGGAGAAACGGUUGAUCAUCUCGGACAGAGCACACAUUGUGUUUGACUUCCACCAAGCGGUUGAUGGCGUUCAGGAACAGCAGAGACAAGAGCAAGCAGGCCAGAACCUCGGGACGACAAAGAAGGGGAUUGGUCCGGUGUACUCGGCUAAGGCGGCACGCUCCGGGCUCAGGAUAUGUGACUUGCUGGCAGACUUCACACAGUUCUCUGAAAGGUAUAAAGCUUUGGCCCAGCAGUACCAGUCUAUGUACCCCACUCUAAAGAUCGACAUAGACGGAGAGCUGCUCAAGUUAAAGGACUAUGUUGAGCAGAUCAAGCCCAUGGUAAGAGAUGGUGUGCACUACAUGUACGAGGCACUUCAUGGUCCUCCUAAGAAAAUCCUGGUGGAAGGAGCCAAUGCAGCGCUGCUGGACAUCGACUUUGGAACGUACCCGUUUGUGACGUCGUCCAACUGCACGGUGGGCGGGGUGUGCACGGGCCUCGGGAUGCCGCCUCAGAACGUCGGCGAGGUUUAUGGGGUCGUCAAGGCGUACACCACAAGAGUGGGCAUCGGUGCUUUCCCCUCAGAGCAGAAGAAUGAGAUCGGAGACCUGCUGCAGACUCGAGGGAAGGAGGUCGGCGUGACCACAGGCAGAAAACGACGGUGCGGUUGGCUGGAUCUGGUGCUCAUCAAAUAUGCACAUAUGAUUAAUGGCUUCACUGCUUUAGCUCUCACCAAACUCGACAUACUUGACGUUUUCACCGAGAUCAAAGUGGGCAUAGGGUACAAAGUCGACAACCAAACUAUACCUCACUUUCCAGCCAAUCAGGAGGUGCUGCAGCGCGUGGAGGUUCAGUACGAGACCCUGCCCGGCUGGGACAGCGACACUUCGGCCGCUAGAAGCUUUGAGGAGCUGCCCGAGAACGCACAGAAAUACGUUCGCUUCAUUGAGGAGCAUGUGGGAGUGCCUGUCAAAUGGAUCGGAGUAGGGAAGUCCCGGGAGUCCAUGAUCCAGCUCUUCUAGACAAAUGGAAAGAAACACAGCCUACCUACCUGUUUUAAACCUCCAAACAAAGACGCCACCGUCAUCAGACUGUGCCGGACUGGACUUCUCCAGUCUGUUUGGAUUUUUAACAGUUUUAAACUUUAUUAAAACAGCAUCACAAGGCGCUCUGCUAACAUUGCAGCGUUUUGUUUCAUAUACAACACACUGGGCAACGCCAGCUGCCAUCAGGUGAGGGCGUGAAGGAACGGCUACGAGACACGCAGGCACCGGAUCGCUCGUUUGGUUGAACACAUUGUUUGACUGUAUUUUGGUUGAUCUAUGCUGUGAUUUUAACGCGCUGUUUUUUCCCCCUCAGCACUUUAGAUGCUUUGGACUGUAUGUGCUUUAUGUUUUAUUCUUCCAGGUGUACGGCGCAUCCUCACACGAUAAAGGGAUCGGUUUAUAUUUUAAAUGUGUCUUUCUGUGUUCUCAGUGUUAAAACUUGCCUUGUCAUUCAACUCCAAAAAAACAAAAACAAAAAAAAAACUAGCUUUUAAAUUUUUUCCGUAGCUAGCGGUUGCUUCCACUGAUCGCUGUGGGAACGCUCGAGUUUUAAGGAUUAAUCUCAGCAGGUGAGCUCUCCUCUAACCACUAACAGGCACAGAAAUGUUAAUGUAACUUAGAUUUUCGAAGUAAACAAAUCAAAUUAGUCUGUCAGCACUUUUCCACGCCUCACAUUCUUGUGAUUAAUGUUGUUUUGUCUUUGCACUGUCAGCACAUUGUUCUGGUAACAUGGGAUGAAGGCAAUGAUUCGAUGUAUGCUGUCUUUUUUUUUUUUUUUUGCCCAGUUUUCUGCAAGACUGUUACUCCACAGUCUUGAUUUAGAGUACUGCAUUGAAUCCCCACCUUAGUGGAUGACGACAUUGUUUGCAUUUACAGUUCUGUGCAAUGAAGACAUUUUGUGUGUUGGAUCAAAAGGUGAUCAUGAGAAGAGACACAAAAAAAUUUCAGCUUUUAUUCAGUAUGCAUUAAAUAAACUUUAGAUUUCCUGUUUCUUCACUGGUCAUGCCUUUACAGGAUUUUACUGCACCAUCAUGUAGUUGUCAGAUUUGUUGGGGUUUUCAGGUUUUUAAGUGCAUGGUCAUUAUGUAUCCUGCUGAAGUCCUUUGUUGAGGUGGUGGUGUGCUUUGGAUUAUUAUCUUGCCACAUAAUAAAGAUCCUCCUGAUUAUUUUGGAUGACUUUCUUUGUAAAUUGUCAGAGUAUGUUUUUGGAGACUUCUUCAUUCAUUUUGCUGCUGCAGUCAUGAUCAAUGAAAGCGACGGAGCCCAAGCCAUGACAGCACCUCCACCGUGCUUUAUAAAUGAGCUUGUAUGUUUAGGAUCAUGAGCAGAUCCAUGCUUUUCUGCAGACACUGGUCUUUCCAUCUAUAUGGUAGUAGUUAAGCUUUGUCCCAUCAGGCCAUAAAGCUGUUCCCUAACUAAUGGAGCUCAUAUCUGUACAGUUUUGUAAAUUGCAAUCCUGUUUUUUGAUUUUUGCUGCUGGUGAGUGGUUGGCAUCUUGCAGUGUGGCCUCUGCAUUGCUGUUCUCAAAGUCUCAUUAGUGUUUUGGGGGUUUCCUUGCUGCUUUCACCAUUUGUGUUUUAUCAGCUCUUGUUUUUUGUUUUGUUUUUUUUUAGCUUGGAGAGCCAUUUAGAUGCCUGUUGCUCUGUAUAUCAUUUCUUUUUCAGGACAAUCCAGAUACUUUUACUGGCUUUGCUCAGCUUCUUUCCAGUUUCUCAGCUUCAGAAUAACAUGCUUUUCUCACUGGUCUUCAUGUUGGUCUACCCAGAGGUGAAAGCUUAAACUGAGAGGAGAUAUCCAUGAUUAAACAAUGGACCUUGUGGAACAACACUGUACCACAAACUCACCCAUGGUUAGCUGUGGGGGGAAAAAACUACAACUUUAGAAAAAAGUGAAGAAAAAUGCAGCUGUGAAAUGAGUGUGAGCAACAGGAAACAUGCUGUAUGAAUGUGUGAGCAGUUUAAACAUUUUGGUCAGUCCAGCUCAAAAACAUCUGUGCCUAUUUGAAGUAUGGAAGAAAAGCUGCGACUGUGUAGGUUUAGAGACUUAAGUGUCACAGAAUCUGAGCAAGCUUCACCAUUAAAUUCAUGUUUAAAUAUGUACAAACCCAGUGGUGUUUAAAAUUCUCAGUAAAGAGUGAAUAUAAAAUUAGAUUUGAAUGUGGGCUUACUAUCUGUGCAAACUUGCACAAGGGGAGUCGAGGAAUCUAUGUUGGGCUACUGAUGUAAGAUAUCACUGACAUCCGCACACAGAGGUUGGUUUGAUCUUCCUAGAAUUGUGACGACAUUUUCUGGAGAAUUAAUUGAUCAGUGUGCUGCGAUUUUGUAAAAGUUAAACUUAACCUGCUCCUGGUUAUAGAGUCUAACCCAGCUGUCAUGACGCAAGAGGCAGGAUGCACCCUGGACAAGUCGCCAGUCCAUCACAGUCAAUACUUAGAGACAGACAGCCGCUCACACUCACAUUCAUACAUAUGAUCAAUUUAGAAUCACCCAUUAGCCUAACCCCAUGCAUGCCUUUGGACUACAGAGAACCCUGGUGUGAGGCCCAGACUGUGCCGCUCAUCUAGAUGUAAAUACCAGGAAAUAAGAGCUGAAACUCUGAUCUCUCUUCUCAUGUUCAUCAUUCAAUCUCACACACAAAGGUCUUCAGUGCACAGCAAAAACAAGUUAAUGCUGUAUGCUUUUAAACUUGUGUGUCUGCACUGAUCAAGAGGGAAACUGGGCUGCUCUUGUUGGACUUGGAGCUAAUAAUGAAUAACAUUACUUUUACUGAGACAAAACUGAGUCGGUGUGCAUACAAUGAAUGUCAGAGCAAUGAAAAUCAGAAAAAUGGUAUACGUGCCCACACAGUACUAGCAAGCUGGGUACAACUGCAACAGUUUCUGAAAGGUAUUAUCCCUUUGCUAUUUAAUAUACUGUGUCUACAUGGCGUAUUAUUACUUACGAUAGCUACGUGUGGUUACAUAUUUGGGAAUGUUCACGUUCUGCCAUGAGUUGGAUUUAAUACAGUACUGUAAAUGAUGCAGAAACAGCUCUGAUUUUGUUUGUAAACCUAAAUUUGAACACUAAUGUUUCUUUUUUAAAGGUGUUGUUAAAGAAAACAGUCCAGCAUGAACUGAUACAGUGACUUCAAUGGGUCUUCUUUUAAACUGAAUAAAAAAAUAAAAUAAAGGGGUCUGUAAAUUAAAAAAACAACAACUAUAUAGUUUGUCUACAAGGUGAUUUGGCUUUUGAGGCAAAAAAGGGUGAAUGAAACCAGAAUCUGGAUCUGGCAACCAGACCUCAGAGGAGAUGUGAGGUCACAGCAGGAAAAAUGGUAACGUGUCUAAUCCUGCGUUCAUAUUUCUUACUCCAACGUGGGCGUGCUCACAGACCGAUGCAGCAAGGCCGCCACGACAGCUGCUUUAGUAGCCGCAUUGUUUGAAUUGCGUUAAUCAGGUGGAGAUUCCACGUAUGGGUAUAAAUGAACAGUUUAGAUCGGUUUGCUUUGUGCCAUCAUCAGAGUGUAUUUAAUAUCAUCUGCAGCCAUUCUGUCGAAGGUUUAAAGGAAGCAGCUGAUGCAACAUUUUCCCACUUGGUUCAAAUGUUGCAGCAUGAACAUGGUGGUAGUCUUCCACUUUGUUGUGUAAAUCGGCUUUAUUUAUUGUUUGAUCUCAUCUUAAGAUGUCUGGAUUUGAAUGUUGAAAGAGUUUUCAUGUUACUAAGUAAAGCUCUUCCAUAACGUUGUGGCUCAGACAUACUUUUAAAACAAGUGUGACACCUCGUACCUCCCUCCACAUCGUGUGUGAAUCGAGUCUCUGGAUGUAAAAAUAUUUCAGGACACUGGGAUAAUAUUUUCUGGAAAACAUGAUGACGUUGUGUGGCAGUACUUCAUGUUUCAGUUUGUAUGCAUUUGUGAUGCUAUGAUGAGAAAUGUUCAAUCUUCCUUAAUCUCGCAAUAGCCAAAAACAAAAACCCCAAAUACUAAGAGUUCUUGGAUCCAGAUCUGGACCUACUGCAGAAGUUAAUCACUUUUAAUAUUUUGAGCAAUCCUGCUAACAAACUGAACCCAUUGCAUAACCUUCUUGGCAAUCACAGGAAAAAAGAGAAAGCAGAGGUCUGAAUUAUCCCCAAUUUUUAUCCUAAUGAGGUGUCGAUUCAUGGAAGGAUGGUGCAGACGGAGUUUAAUCAUUUUCGCAGCAGCAGCAGCAGCUUUAAAGCUGAGCUGUUUUAAAGCUUCCAGGGUUGAGUUUUGAUGUUAUUUACAAGCUGGACGAGGUGCUUCGACAUGAAUGAAUCGACUUGACAUGAAUGUAGCAUUUAAUCAGACCUCAGAAAGCUCACAGAGCAAAUAACGCCUGUGUUUACAGGCUACACAUGACAUGUAAACAAAACUUUAGGAGUACAAUUCAGUUGAAUCUUCCUUUAAUGAGCUGCAGGCGGCUGCUCUGAUCCAAGGUGAACGUUGGAAAUUUCACACAGACAAAAAAAAUUUACCAUCACGAAGAAUACUCUGCUCUGUAUUUUUAAAACCACCUUUUCCAAAGCAAAAUAAUUAAACUGGUGAUGGAAGUUAUAUGAUACUGUAUAUGAUCUGCCUCUCAUCUGGUGUCCUAAACAUCGCACUUAUACAGUGAGGACAUUUAAAAAAAAAAAAAAAAGAAAUUGUAUUUUUUGUGUUUCUGUUGUUUGUGACUCGCUCAACGAAAGUUGGUUUUUCCUCAUAUACUCUUAUAAGCAGAAAAAUGGUGUUUUCUGAUUUCCUGAUUGUCUCCUGCUUCUGUCUGUCCACAGCAGAUGUUGGCACGUUUGCUCUCAUGAACUCUCUGAGCCUUUAUUUCCUUUUUCUUAACAGCAGCUCUGACUUUUUUUUUUUU